AAAUCAUUCGCAGCCCGGAUGUGGACGUGGCACAAAGUUACUGUGGAUCCGGUGCGAAUGUCACUGCUGUAGCGGAGACACCGAGGAGGUGGAAGAGGGAUUAACGACGGCUAACGGCGAGACCGCUUCGGGAAGACGACGUUUGUGCCCUUCUCUUUGUAGAAGAACCGCUGCCGCCUUUGUCAAUCGACUGGAAAACAGGAACAGUUGUCCUGCUGGCGUUUUCAUUUAUGUAUCUGUCUGUUUUGGAGAUUUAGGGAUGAACUGAAAAUGAAUGUUAACCAGCAACCUCACAUGGCCUCUCCUUAUGGGCAGCCGCAGCCUGGCUACCAGGGCCACCCCCAGUCUGUUUAUGGGGGCCAGCAAGUGCCAGGGGGUUAUCCAGCGCCAUACGCACCAUACAACGGCCCUGCAUCUGCCUAUCAACCAGGCCCACCUCAAGGAUAUUCUCCUUAUGCAAGCUUUCCCUCUAAGGCUCUUGCAGCAAACUUAGUCUCUGACCUGUCCUCUUCCUCUCCUCUUGACUUAGGUAUGAGAGGACCCCCCACCUCUGGGGCACCCCCAGUGCCUGCUGCUCAGGCAUAUUCACAGUUUGGACAGGGUGACAUACAAAACGGACCACCACCUAUGGGUGCCCCACCACAGAGACCUCCAGUGUCUCAGCCAUACAGUCAAGGAGCGAUGAACCUCUCUGGUCCUCAACCUCCAUACAACCAGCAAUUUGGAGCAGCACUAAACAGUAUGCAGCAGAUGACUAAUCAAAUGGCUAGCAUGCAGGUUGGGUCUACUGUACCUUCUCCUGCUGGCCCAGGCUAUGCUCCUCCCACAGUCUCCCAGCCUUCUGCCUCUGCUGCUUAUACACCUUCAGCCCCUUCUUCUUUUGCCCCCACAUCUACUGUUCCCACACAGCCCCCGUCAACUGAGGGAGUACCUCAUACACUCUCUCAGCCCUACUAUGGGGCUCCUCCUCAGCAGCCUUUCCCAACUGCAGCCCCACCUUUCUCUGCACCUGGUCCCACCCAGCCUCCUGGUCCGCCUCUUGCCUCUCAACAGUCUUUCCCUCAAGCUCCUCCUACUUCGCAGCCUCCGUUUUCUUCGGCUCCGCCGCAAGUUCCUACUGCGUCAUAUGGAGGCCCACCUCCCCCUGUGCAGGCGUCUCAUCCUAGGGCAGCACCUCCCACUUCCCAGCCUUCUGGAUUCCCUGGAGGACCCCCACCCACCUCUACCCCAACUCAGUAUACAGGACCACCCAUGCAACAGCCUCCAGUGUCCCAGCCCUCCUCUUUCCAUUCAGGACCUCCUCCUCCACCGACUAGUGCUGCUGGAUUUCCACCCCAAGGAGGCGCUCCUCCCAGGCCUCCACACCCAGGUAUGCAGGGUCCCCCUCUGGCCUCUCAGGGGCCUCCGAUGUCCCAAGCAAACCAUGUAGCUCCCCCACAGCCUGGUAUGCUGCCUGGGCCCCCUGCUCCAGGUAUGGCAGGACCACCACCACAGCCAGGGAUGCAGGGCUAUCCACCUCAGCAGAAUGGUGCUUUUGGGCAGGUGAGGGGUCCACAGCCUGGCUAUGCUGGACCAUAUCCUGGGCAGCAGAGCUAUGGAGCUGCACCUCCUGCACAAGCUCCUGCUCCUCCUGCACCGAAGAGACUUGACCCCGACUCCAUCCCUAGCCCGCAAGCCUCUGACAUACCGCCUGUGCAGAAAACAAGACAUAGAAUAGACCCAGACGCUAUUCCCAGCCCAAUUCAGGUGAUUGAGGAUGACAAAGCAAACAAGGGCAGUGAGCCUUUUGUUACAGGGGUCAGAGGUCAAGCCCCACCCCUUGUCACAACUAACUUUCAUGUUAAAGAUCAAGGGAAUGCCAGUCCACGUUUUAUCCGCUGUACAGCCUAUAACAUGCCCUGCACCUCGGACAUGGCCAAACAGUCCCAGGUGCCCUUGGCUGCAGUGAUCAAACCAUUGGCUACUCUGCCUCCAGAUGAAAAUCCCCCAUAUAUAGUGGACCAUGGGGAAAGUGGCCCUAUUCGCUGUAAUCGCUGUAAGGCCUACAUGUGUCCCUACAUGCAGUUCAUUGAGGGCGGCCGGCGCUUCCAGUGUGGCUUCUGCAGCUGCGUCACAGAGGUGCCUCCCCAUUACUUCCAGCAUCUGGACCACACAGGGAAGCGCGUAGACUGCUAUGACCGGCCGGAACUCUCCCUGGGCAGCUAUGAGUUCCUAGCCACAGUGGACUACUGUAAGAACAAUAAGAUUCCUCAGCCCCCUGCCUUCAUCUUCUUGAUUGAUGUGUCCUACAAUGCUGUGAAAAAUGGCAUGGUGAGAAUUGUGUGCCAGGAGCUCAAGACCUUGUUGGACUAUUUGCCCAGGGAGAACCCUGAUGUGCAGUCCAAUAUACGAGUCGGGUUUGCAACCUACAACAAGGUACUGCACUUCUAUAACGUGAAGGCCUCUUUGGCCCAGCCUCAGAUGAUGGUGGUCUCAGAUGUGGCAGACAUGUUUGUACCCCUACUGGAUGGAUUCCUUGUCAAUGUCUCAGAGUCCAGGGUUGUGAUUGAGAGUUUGCUGGACCAGAUACCCGACAUGUUUGCAGACACACGAGAGACAGAGACAGUGUUUGGCCCUGUUAUCCAAGCAGGACUGGAAGCUCUCAAGGCUGCAGACUGUGCUGGGAAGCUGUUUGUCUUCCACUCCUCUCUGCCCAUUGCUGAGGCUCCAGGCAAGCUGAAGAACAGAGAGGACAAAAAACUAGUGGGCACAGACAAAGAAAAAUCAUUAUUCCAGCCCCAGGUGAGUUUCUACGCUAAUUUGGCAAAGGAGUGUGUGGCGCAGGGCUGCUGUGUGGAUCUCUUCUUGUUCCCUAAUCAGUACGUGGACGUGGCAACGUUAGGGGUGGUCCCCACGUCAACAGGCGGCUCUGUCUACAAAUACACCUAUUUCCAGGCCCAGUCUGACCAGGAGCGGUUCCUAAAUGACUUGAGGAAAGACAUACAGAAGCAGGUGGGCUUUGACGCAGUGAUGAGAGUCCGCACCAGCACUGGUAUCCGGGCCACAGACUUUUUUGGUUCGUUCUACAUGAGCAACACCACUGAUGUGGAGCUGGCAGGCCUAGACUGUGACAAGACUAUCACAGUGGAGUUCCGACAUGAUGACAAACUCAGUGAGGAGACAGGUGCACUCAUGCAGUGUGCUGUACUAUACACAAGCUGUAGUGGUCAGCGGCGGCUACGCAUCCACAACAUGGCAGUUAACUGUUGCGCCCAGCUGGCUGACCUUUACAGGAACUGCGAGACAGAUACUAUCAUAAACUUCUUCGCCAAGUACGCAUAUCGCAGUGUACUGAAUAACCCUACCAAGAACGUGCGGGACAGUCUGGUGAACCAAUGCGCCCAAAUCCUGGCAUGCUACCGCAAGAACUGUGCCAGCCCAUCUUCUGCUGGACAGCUGAUCCUCCCGGAGUGUAUGAAGCUGCUCCCUGUUUAUCUGAACUGUGUGCUGAAGAGUGAUGUUCUGCACCCUGGAGCUGACGUCUCCCUGGAUGAUCGUGCCUACCUGAGACAGCUGGUCAGCGCCAUGGAUGUGGCAGAGAGCCAUGUGUUCUUUUACCCACGACUGCUUCCAGUGCACAAGCUGGAUGUGGAGAGUGACACUCUUCCAGUGGCCAUUCGGGACUCCGAGGAGAGACUGUCUAAAGGAGGAAUAUACCUGCUGGAGACAGGGCUCAACCUUUUCCUCUGGGUGGGGGCCAAUGCACAGCAGGAGCUGCUCCAGAACAUAUUUGGCACUCCUGCCUUCAGCCAGAUAGAUUCCAACGUGACAUCUUUGCCGAUUUUGGAUAAUCCUUACUCGAAGAGGCUGAGGGAGAUUAUUGAGUCUUUCCGUGCACAGCGCUCACGCUACAUGAAGCUGAUGGUGGUGAAGCAGGAAGAUAAACUGGAGCUCAUCUUUAAGCACUUCCUUGUGGAGGAUAAAAACAACAGUGGUGGGGCGUCUUACGUGGACUUCUUGUGUCACAUGCACAAGGAGAUUCGCCAGCUCCUGAGCUAGGAGAGCUCCCCCCGACACUUUUACUCAGACGCGCUUUAUCCUUUUUAUUUGACAUAAUAAUAAAUUAAAUUCCUCCUCCCGUCAUCUCUCCUCCUCUUAUGUAAUCUUCUCCAGGGUGAGGGGGAAAAAAGCCACCUGUUAGGGUCAGGCAAGGAUGCUCUACUAGACUCUGUUAGAGGUCUGGAUGGUUUUUGGUUUUGGGUAGAGGUUGCAGGUUUCGGGAGACUGUCCGUGUGUGUGUGUGUGUGUGUGUGUCUGUGUAUGUGUGCAUGAAUGUUUGUGUGUAUGAGUUACGUAUGAGAUGUUUCACCCCUCCUCAUAGCCGAUAUAGGGAUCAGUUUAUUCAGAACAAAAAAAAUAAGUGCAAAAUUAACAAUCAAGAGGUUGGAGCUCAAAUGAGGUUCAAAAAUGUGUGCUUGUGCAUGUUUGCGUGUUAGGACUGUGAACAGGUUGAUAUUUGGGGUUGCAGGACCCUGGCACUGUACUGUGGGUGGGGUAGGGUGGGCUGGGGGAGCAGAAACUGACAGCAUUAAUGAUUGAACCAGACAUUCUUAAAACAACAUAAUGAGAUCCUUAAGAAACCUUCCAAAUAACUUAUUGUUAUCACUGUUUUGUUCAGUUAGUCCUUGUGUUUGUUAUUCUCUUUCAACCAUGGCCUUACUGAUCCCAUUUCUCACCCAUCCUCCUGCUGUUCUGUUUUGUUACGAGUCAUUGUAAUCGUUAUUGUUUUUAAAGUGUGUGAAAAGAAACCUUUGACUAAUAGAUUAUAUGGGAAGCUGAGUAUAUUUUAAGUGUGCUCUUCACUGUCCAUAAUACAAACAUCUUAACUCUUGAGAUAUUACUCACUAUUAAAAUUCUAUGCAUCAGCUUAGCUGCGGAUGGAGGAACUGCGUUAUCUAAAUUAAACAGGAACAGAAGUGAUCUGUCAUGGGCCUCAUGUUAAGUGGGCAUGCAUAGCGCUGUGAUAUGGUGCGCGCUCUGAUAAUGGAUGAACGAUUCUCCUAUUGUGGAGAGGGUAUGGACCCUUUUGGAUACCUCUCUGACUGGGCCGCAAGUUGUAGUUCAGAUAAGCCAGCUGGACGGGAAUUUAUCAGUUGAGCUUUUCUAAAAAAAAGAGGAUGGGAAUUGUAGUCCAUAUGGGUAGUCCAUCUUCAAUGGAGGCUUCACUACUCGGACAUAUAUUACAAGAACAGGAACAAAAAUAUACAUUACUGUUCCUGGUGUCUGGAUUUUGUUUAUUAUUUCUUUCCUUUCUGUUUCGAUUUCUGAUCCACUGUUAACCAUGAAUGUCCUGAUCAUCCUGUUUCAUUUUCGAUCUAAUAUUGUUUUCUUAAUCUGUUUUGAAAGGUUAUAAUCCUGGGGCAGGUGCAGUCUGGUGCAGGCUUCCUCAAAGCUAAACACGAGCACUCGCCUGCCCUGCUUUUGUCUUUCUUUCUAGUGAAAUCUUUGUACAAUGAAAGAAUAUGGCAAGAGUGGAGUGAGUGAUUUAGAACUGGCGAUUUCUUAACCGUUUUCAAAGUGAGCGCUGUUUUCAAGCACAUGCAGGAUUGUGACCUGAAAAGCAAUCAACACUGAAUACCUUGUCAUCACAUUUAUUACAUGUACAGAAUUAAAAAUCACAUUUUAAAAA